GGCUUUCUUCCCUUGUUAGAUGUGGUAGGAGUGACUUGGAGCGAGUCACAUGAGAGACAGUGCUGACUGUUCCUGCCCAGCAGCGCCAUGUUAGUAAAGAGCCGUAUCAAGACACGGGAACUCAGCAGGUAAAGCAGCAGUAAACAUAUAUAAACACCGUAGCACUGUUAAAACAGUACACAAAACAGACUAAUACCGAUACUGAAUGAUGAUUUACACUGAACAGUAAAGGACGUAUUGUAUUCUACAACAGACCACUUGUGGCAACCAUGGCAGCAAAAUCCUCCCUGUUCAAAGUCAUCCUGUUAGGAGAUGGCGGAGUUGGGAAGAGCUCCCUCAUGAACAGAUACGUGACCAACAAAUUCGACACGCACCUGUUCCACACCAUCGGUGUGGAGUUCCUAAACAAGGACUUGGAAGUAGAUGGACACUUUGUCACCAUGCAGAUCUGGGACACUGCCGGACAGGAACGGUUCAGGAGCCUGAGGACUCCUUUCUACCGUGGCUCUGACUGCUGCCUCCUCACAUUCAGCGUGGAUGACAGCCAGAGCUUUCAAAACAUCAGCAACUGGAAAAAGGAGUUCAUGUACUACGCCGAUGUCAAGGAACCAGAGAGCUUCCCCUUCGUGGUCCUGGGAAAUAAGGUGGAUGUUGCAGAGAGGCAGGUGUCUUUAGAGGAAGCCCAGACCUGGUGCAGAGAAAACGGCAACCACCCCUAUUUCGAAACCAGCGCCAAGGAUUCCACCAACGUUGCAGUAGCCUUUGAGGAGGCGGUCCGCAGAGUUUUGGCCACAGAGGACCGGACGGACCACCUGAUCCCUACAGACACUGUAAACCUCCAUAGGAAGCCCAAGUCAAGCUCUUCCUGCUGUUGACUAUUUAUUUAUCACUUUGGUGUGCCGUGGAAGUUCAAAUGCAUAGACUGCUAUACAAAAAGGGGUACAGAAACCUACAUUGGACCAUACAUUGUCCUCCUAGCUUAACCCUCCCCUUCUCACACACACUCAUCUUAUCAAAAGCCAUUUCAUAAUGCUGAAUAUUGGCAACCUUAUGUAUCAGCCUGCAGGUAUGAUUUCUGAGUGAAGCAGAUUGACUUGAAAAUAGUCUUUUGAUGGGGUAAAAGUAAAAAAAUAUAUAUAUAUUAAAAAAGUGCUAACUACAAAAAAAUGUUAGACUACAAUUAUUGUAUAUAAUUGUUAUGUUGCCACUUUUAAGUUUUAAAUCUAAAGAUCUAGAAGUAACUGUCAAUGCAGAGGACUUAAAUACUAAAAGCACUACUACUAAUACUACUGUGUCAGAAUUUUCAGAAAUGAAAAAAGAGAAAGUUUACAAAUCUGACAAUGGCAAUAAGUUUGUUUUUUGUAAAACUAUUCACUUGAAUCUUGCCUAUGUAUUAAUCUGAGAGUAAUAACCAGCUUUAACUGAUUGUAUAAAGCUCUAAUAGAUUUCAAAACCUGAUUAAACUUUUGGUGCCUGAA